CUCUGCGAGUCGCCCAUACGUUGCACUAUUGCACGGGCUGGCUCAACCCACCAAUAAUCUAGUUUAAUUUUUGUAAAUCGGCUUCUAUGCCUCUAUUUGAAUAACUUCCAUCUUCUGUUGAGCCCUAUUAAUCAGUUAAUUAAUUCAAUAUCAAUUAAGACAAUGCUUAAAACUAUUGGCCAUUUUCUGAAAAAAACAAUGCAAAGAGCUUGUCCGCACGUUAACAUGUCCCACUCCUGGCCCAGGAGUGGACUUUGGACAAUACUUGGUUGGCUUUAGAUCUCAUCUCUUCUUUCCCGCUUUCUUAUCUCAUAGGUUGAGAAUCUCACGUUGACCAUAGAUCAAACAUAUACGAAAAACACCGCAAGUUUUGAAUCGAAGAUUUGUGAUAAGAGAGAGAGGAUGGUGGAGAGAACGAUGAGUCUAGGUGUGGGAGUCAACAAAGAAACCAUGCGGGCGCAGCAGGAGCUUCUUCAGAAGAUCACUCAUGAGCUGGACGCUGAACGGGAAGCCUCUUCAACAGCAGCUUCAGAGGCCUUGUCGAUGAUACUACGCCUCCAGGGAGAGAAAGCAGCGUUGGAGAUGGAGGCUAGUCAGUACAAGAGAAUGUCCGAGGAGAAGAUGUGCCACGCUGAGACUUCUCUGACGCUCUUCGAAGAUCUGAUUUACCGCAAGGAAAUGGAGAUGGCGUCUCUUGAGUUUCAGGUUCAGGCUUACAGAUGCAAACUACUCAGCCUCGGCUGCGCUGAUGUACAGGCCAAGGAGAAGAAAGGUGUUGAGAGUAGUUCUUUAUCUCCUCGUCAAGACUUGAGCGCGUGUUGGGAAGAGAUCAGGAGAAUAGACGAUCAUGUUAGAGAGGUUUCGGAGUCGAGAGACGUUGCCAAGGGAUCUAAAUGGUCGUUGCUUAGGUGUGGGUCUAUUUCACAUGCAUUGGUUUCACAGGUGAGUAAUACUGUCCUCGAGUCAGCCAAGAGUGAUGUCAGUUCGAUUAUGGAGAUGAUCAAGAACCCUGAAAGGUUCUCUGCUUCAGACGAGGUUCCGAGGACCAAAGAGAGCCUUACAAUCAUCUCGGAAGAAAGAAAUGUUGGAGGCAAGAUGGUUAGUAGUGAUUACAAGAGAAAAGUCAGUAAGCCGCCAAAAGAUACGAGCAUUGAGGCUGAGCAUAUGAGUUUGCUAAAGGAGAUUAGAGAGCAGAUUAGUGAAAUGCAGUCAGAGAUGAGAAGUUUAAGAUCUGAACUGCAUAAAACUCGACUUGUGUCCCAUCGCGAGGAGGAUCGAGCCAUUAACUCAAUCCAAGAGGUAAUAAUCACUGUUCUUUCUACUUGAUAAGAGAUUCUUGAAGUGAUAUUCAAAACUUGUACACAUUUUGUUUUGUUUCCUGAAUAGGUCAUGAUUCACUUCUGGCUUUAGAAGCUACAUUGCAGCGUUGUUCUAGUUUCACAUUCUAAGAUAUUUAACCUUCCAAGAGUAAAUCUCUAGUAUUUGUAUGAAACUACAUUAAUAUUGUGAGAGAAAAAAAAUCUAACA